GUGCAAAGUUUGGCGCUAUCCGAGAGCGAGAAAAGUUUAUACCUUUGUUGUGUUGUCUUACUAAAAUUUUAGCUUGUGAAGAAUAUAUAAAAAUACCAGUACAAGUAUACAUGUAGAAUAAUCCAAAACAAAGGAAGAAUAUAAGUGUAGGUAGACACUGAUUGCUGAAGCAAGACAAAAAGUGUCUAUCCUCUAGCCCAAAAGAGAAUAAGAAGAAGAACAUGAUAACACGUACAUAACCUAAUAUUUGAUAAAAAAAAGACGGAUUUUUAUAUAUUGUAUUUAAAUGGUAUUCAAUUAUUGGCAAUAGAAAUUUAGGAAGUAGCUUGUAUCUCAAAAUGGCAAUGUUGGUGCCAGCCAUAAAUAAAACUUUUAUGUUAUUAGGGCAAUGUGUGCCAUGCCUUAAACAAGGAGCAUCCAAAUUUAAAGUUAAACGCCUAGAACUUGAUACCAAUUUGAAUAUGUUUUUCCCAAAACAUGAAUUCGUAUAUGCCCAUGAUCCUGAAAAGAAAUGUAAAUCUGGUGAUAUAGUCAUAGUUGAACUUCUGCCAGAACGACUCACUAGAUUGAUUACUCACAGAGUAAAAGAAGUCUUGUACCCAUAUGGUGACAUAACAGACCCUGUUACUAAUAAAAAAGUUGUAGCUGGUAAAUACAGAGAUCAUAUUGAAGAUAUAAACAAGAUAUAUGGUGAGAAGAAAUCAACAUUUAAAUAUAAAAAUGCUCCAAAUAGAGGUUGGCAAGAAAAUAAGAAAGAUUUUACACAUUUGGAAACAUAUAUUAAGUACCAUGAGUCAGGAGAAGAUGAUCCUAGAGCUGUAUAGAAAGUGUUUUUAUAAUAAAUUUAUACAAUUAAACUUUUGUUAAUUGUUAUAUUACUAGUUCAUUAUAGGUUUAUUAGUAUCAUGAUUUUAUUAUUUAUAAAUUUUAAAAACUUACGUCAA